GCUUCAGAGAUCUGAUUAUUCGAUUUUCAAAAUUAGGAAUACAAUUUGGUUGAUCCAAUUUCACGUACAAGUAAGAGAAUGGACUCCUUACCUGAUGCUGUUGUCCAAUACAUUUUGUCAAACAUGAGCAAUGCCAAGGAUGUGGCAUCUUGUAAUUGUGUCUCCAAGAAGUGGAAAGACUCGAUGCCCUACAUUAAGAGCCUUUAUUUCCCUCGUAGCAUUUUCGACAACCUAAAAAGUGGUCAAAUUCCUGACUGCAUUGUGCUGCAGAUAGUCUCGUCGAUUUUUCAACUGGAAGAUUUUGUAGUUUACUGUCCCUUUACCAGUGCAGGGCUGGCUUCAUGGCUGAUACUUGUGGGACCUUCCUUAAAACAUCUUGAGCUCCGUAUGGAUAAUCUUGUUGAUCAGAUUACGUCUAAUGACAGUUCAUCUAAACUUGAAUGCAUUGAAGUUGCAAGGAACUUGGAGUCCUUAAGACUUUGGGGUGUGUUAAUGGUCCGUGCUCCAAAAUGGGAUAAAUUUCAAAAACUGCAUACUCUUGAAAUCAUUGGAGCAAAAUUGGAGGAUUCGGCCUUGGCUGAGACUCUUCAAGCGACUCCUAACCUUACCCACCUUGUACUUCUUGGUUGUGAGGGUUUGAGGACUGUUUGGAUUGAGCUUCUUCAGCUUGAGCACUGCAAACUUGAUUUUUACGGUUUGGGAAGCUGCUCACUCACUCUCACAGCUCCAAAGAUCGAAUACCUUGAAGUUCAAGGCUGUAGUUGGAUUAGAGUUCACGAGACCAAUUGCUUAAAGAAUCUUUCAAUCGCGAAUAAUGCUGGGAGAGUUUACAUGGUGGACUUUGGUAAGCUCAUGGCACUUGAAUCAUUAUCCAUUAGAGGUGUGCAAUGGUGUUGGGAUGCAAUAAGCAAAAUACUUCAACUUGCAAGUGAAGUGAAGCAUCUGUAUAUGAAAGUGGAAUUCACUGGAGAUUUUGAAGCUCUUCUCCCUUUUCCAGAAAUCGAUUUUGUUGACUUCUUCAAAAGUCAUCCCAAGCUCAAAACUUUCGACAUCCAUGGUGCAAUGUUUGCUGCUCUAUGCCAGAAGAACAGUCUAAAGAAUGUGGACUCAAGUUUCAUGAUUUAUUGCCUUGAAGAGGUAGUGAUCACUGUGAGAUCGCCAUUGAACGCUGAACAGAAAAUGAGCACGCUCGAAUCUUUGGUGAAGUUUGGUAAGAAUUUAAGGAAGAUGAAGAUCAAGAUUCUUCGGAUGAAAAGUGGGCACAGCAGUGCUGAUGAUUUUUUCGAGGAGAUAUGCAGGUUUAGAUACAUGAAUCACAAGUUAAUCUCAAUAGAAUAAAACCCAUGUUUUUGACUCGAUUCAUUGCACAAUCCGAUCUUAUAAUUCUUGUUUCGAGUAAUAACUUUGAUUACUCCUUUAAUGAUUUUGAUGCCUCAUUCACAUGUGAUCAUGUUCAUCUACGUGGUUUCGUGUGUUUCCUUGUUUUAUACAAACGCUGAUCAAUUCA